GUUGGCGCACAUCAGUGGGGUCACAUCAAGCAAACCUGGAGCAUCCCUGGUCCACCCCAUGCCCUCCCGGAAUGUGUCACUGCGGCUGCAGGGCCUCCAGGAGAAAGACUCCGGACCCUACCUCUGUUCCGUGAACUUGCAAGACAGUCAAGGCACUGUUCGAGGUCACGGCAGCAAGACUUUAGAACUCAAUGUGCUGGUUCCUCCAGCUCCUCCGUCCUGCCGCCUCCGGGGCGUGCCCCACGUGGGGACCAACGUGACCCUGUGCUGCCAGUCCCCAAGGAGUAAGCCCGCUGCCCAAUACCAGUGGGUGCGGUCGCCCCCAUCCUCCCAGGUCUUCUUUGCACCUGUUUUAGGUGAGGGACCUUCCGGAGACACUGAGAGUGCGGCUGGGGUGGAGAAAAGAUGACGUACCAGAGGGGCCGGGGUGCCAGGGGAGGCAAUGCUGAAAAGCACUGGCGGGGAGGAGGA